AUGGCCCAGCUGGAGAGAUGUCCAUGUCAUAACCCCUUGGCUGGCUCCAUCAUCUGGGAGGGAACUUACAAUAUUGACAUCCUGAAUGAGCAGUUCCGGCUCCAGAACACCACCAUUGGAUUAAUCGUGUUUGCCAUAAAAAAACAUGUUAUCUACCUGAAGCGAUUCCUGGAGACGGCAGAGAGGUACUUCAUGGUGGGUUACAAGGUUAACUACUAUAUCUUCACUGACCGCCCCGACCAUGUUCCUCGCAUUCCCCUCCAAAACGGAAGGCAGGUGGUCAUCCUCAAGGUCCAGAGCUAUUCCCACAGCCAGAACAUCUCCCUGCACCGCAUGGAGGUGAUCAGCAAUUUUUCCGAGCAGCGUUUCCACCGGGAGGUGGAUUACCUUGUGUGUGCAGAUGUGGACGUGAAGUUUACUGAGCACGUGGGCGUGGAGAUCCUCGCCUCCUUGUUCGGCACCCUCCAUCCUGGCUUCUAUGGGCUUAAUCGGACCAACUUCCCCUAUGAACGGCGGCCUCAGUCACAAGCCCAGAUUCCUGAAGAUGAGGGGGACUUUUAUUACACAGGGGCCUUAUUUGGGGGGUCCGUGCCAGAGGUUCACAGGCUCACCAAGGCCUGCCACCAGGCGAUGAUGGUCGACAAAGACAAUCGCAUCGAGGCUGUGAGGCGUGAAGAGAGUCACCUGAACAAAUACCUGCUUUACCACAAACCCUCCAAGGUCCUCUCCCCUGAGUACAGCUGGGAUAAGCAGAUGUGGGAGAAUACGGGGAAUCAGCAGCUAGGAGACUUGCCUUUCUACAUAAAGCGGAUUAGACUUUUGAUUGCGAAAUAA